AGCUGGUCGAGGCGCUGUCGCGGCGGUUAACUCGAGGCGGGGAGGGGGAAUCGCGCAUACACGUAUACGUUGAUACGUUCCCGGUUCCCCUUCCAGGGUUCCCCGCUCCAGUCCGUCGCGAGUCGCGACGAGCGCUGCCGUUUCUUCGUUCGGUUGUACGAGCGUUCGGGCGAUCGACGAGAACGGAGCAAACGGAGUCGGGGAGUGGAGGCAGAGCCAGCGAAGUCGCGGGACCUGUGAGAUCGAGCGACGAAUUCCGUCAUAUCAUCCGCUUACAUUUGGCUCGGUACGCGCGAGAGUACUGUCGGCGUUUUGCGAGAAAUCCUUCUACGGUGGUCGCGUACACAAGUGCGAUCGAGGAGGCCCGCGGAGAUGCCGGAUACGAACUGAACGCGCGUACACCGUGGUUGUGAUCAUCGCCGCAGCCGCAACCCGCAACAGCAACCGCAGUCGAUUCCUGAGGAACGCCACCGUUUUCCCUCGGAGAUCGUCGGCCGGGAGAUCCCCGGACGCGAAUGCGCGUUCCUCCUCGCGGUGCCGUCCUCGCGCGAGGAUCGCACACGUCUUCCCUCUUCCUCCCGAAAGCGCCGCUAUGCUGACGCUGCAGCAUCAAACGGAGCAAACAAUAGCUUGAAAAUGGGGUUGAGACGACGACGUAACAAACUGAGCGGGACGUCUACGAGGCAAUCAGCUUAGAUACCGUGAAAGAGAAGAUGACGACUGCCAUGGCUCGGCUGCCCUGCAAACAAUCGUCGUCGCCCUCGCAGCAGACGAGAAUGAACAAUUUCGGAAGUAGCCGGAAUCCAUAUUGGGAUAUGCAGCAGAUCAGACAUUCCGCACCGUCGUACGUUAGAAGUCAUCACCGACAUACCGACUAUACAGGGAAGCGGUAGAGCGCCGUUGAAUUGCUGCAGGAAACGAAAGCCUUCUACGUAAAGAGCGAAACCGUGCUGGAUCGGAAGCAGGAGCUGAAGAAUAGCGGACACUUGCAGGUUUCGCAACUGAGCGCGCCUGGCGCACCGCCUCCGAGAUUGCUGCGAAAAUGCACCGGCAAUUCAUGCCCCAUGCAGCCGACGUCGCCGUCGCAAUUGCAACCAACUCCCAUGACGCCGCCCUGCUGUUGGGCCUCGUGUCACGAACAAGACAGACUAGAUGGGAUUCUGAGCCCUCAACAAACACUGCCACCCGCGCUGCCACCGAAGAGUCCACGUUUGGUUCCGGUUCCCCAAAGACGGACAAUUUCGGGACCCCCGAGCGGUACCGGGGGCGAGUUGCAAACAAAGCUGCGUCGACUGCUGAACACUGACAGCAAGGAGAAUAUGUUCUUUCCCGACAGCCCGCCGCAGAGCACGGCGCAGAGUAAUGGAGUGCCGACACGAGAGGAGAAAUUUCGAUAUUCGCCCGGAAGUCUCUCGCCCGGUUGUCGGGAUGAUGAUCGUAUUCUGCAUUGCGCGCCGCAAGAUGUUCGUUUCAAGUUUGGCAGAAGCAACUCGCACUCGCACACUUCGGGUAGAUCCGGUCGGAAAUCAAACAGCUCGCCGUCGGUGGAAAAUACGAUAUGCCACAAGUCGCUGCCGGAUUUACACACGAGUACGCGUCGCCGAGCAUCUCUCUCACCGCGCGCAUCCACAAAAUUAUCCGCGAAGCCGUCUGCCCAUCAUCAGGCUACAAACACAAGCAAUUGCCCGGACUAUGAAACUAGCUCAGAUUAUUCGGACCACAGUUUUAAACGUGAUGCCGUUUGUUAUCGCAGUUCCCGCCAUAUCAGGCGAUCUUUGGGAUCUGGUGGCGGCGAUGCGAGCAGCGUAUUAUCCUCGGGUGGACGAACACAGAAGUCAUCGGGUUCCAGCAAGUUGAGCCACGGGGCGACAGCCAGGGACUCCGGUGGCUCCUCUGGACACUGUACUCAUCGUAGCGAGCCAGCGCCCAGGAUACAGGAUUGUUGGGCUCAUAUACGCAGAGAUAGCGGUGCAUCCACACAACAUUCUACUGAGAAAGACCGAUCUAGAAAAGGCAGCUAUAUUGGUGGAACACCGCCAUCCGUUGUGAGACACUACAGUCCGGAGUCUGAAAGUAGCAAUAGUCAAACAGAUUACAGCCCAACUUGUAAUUCAAGGUUCUCUGAUGGUUGGAAGGAAGGUCGCGGUCGACCGAUCCUACGAUCUAAAUCAGACAUUAGCGAUCGAUAUUGGCGGCAGGAUAAUGGCCGUUCCAGCAAGAUAUCCUCUCGCCCGCCACGAUCGAUGACUCAGCUCGAGAACUUCUUUGAUCGUUUAGGACUGGACUCAGAUAAUUAUCAGCGUAUAACAGAACCUGACUCCAAGACAUCGUCGCCCAUAUUCUUCGAUAGUGUCAGCUCUGUGGACUCGGCGUUGGGCCUCUACUCCUGGGUCGGCACUAAUCAGACAAAUCAGGGUAGUCAGUGGCAAAAUAACUGCAGUAUUGGCAUGGGUAACGAUGAGUGUAACCAAAGGGUAAAUGAUCCGCCGAGUAUUGUCGAGCGAAACGCACGUAUUAUUAAAUGGCUUUGCCAAUGCCGCAAAGUGCAGUUAGGAUACAGUUAAACAACGAGUUUCUCAGCGUGAAUAAAUUCUUUCAUUUCCAAUGACAGUACAUUUAAAUCAACGAUGUGGUAAUAUUUAUCGUUUAUCGGUAUAUCAGACACUCCACAGUAAUUUCAAAUUCAUAUGUUUCUCGUAAAUGUGGAAUUGAUUGUCGCUUUUCCUCUUCCUUUUUACAACUUGCAUAAUAUUUAAUCAUUUAAGAGUUUUAUUAAUCCUAUAUUAGCUGUUUAUAUAAGCGUACAAUUAAAAAAUAUCCUUUUAAUUUAUUAUGAUAAUAAUAGAUAAAUCUGUGCCAUUUCAUAACCACUUGUUACGGUUCUAUACGGUGUGCCUUUCAUUGUCAUUACACAUUCAGGGUAAACAAGAAGGUCUUUAAAAACGUAUUUUCGUGAUAUUAAUUUGUAUAAUAAAAUUUAUAUAGACAAUUUUGAUGUCUAAUAUUUUGAGGGCACACAUAUUAAAAAUUUACUUAUACUUAAUAUUAUUCUUGGACAAAUUUGUUAUUAUAUAUUUUAAUAUCAUUAAUUUUGUAAUAAGUCUAUGAUAUGUUGAUACGCGAAUUUUUCCUAUUUCUAUUUAGCAAAGCAAUACUAGACUAUUACAAGCAUUAGCAGUCGCGUGCGCGCGCGCGCUCACGUGCAUAAGGGGAACGUGGAAUUUAUUACAAUUUUGAUGUGAAGUUGUAUAAAUUUAGCGAUGCGUGUUCCUCAUUUUCAAUUUUGAGAAUGAUUAGUUGAUUUGUAGAGAGAAAGUACUCAGACGAAAGAUAUUUACCUCGACUUUAUGAAAACUUAUAGAUAUAAUUUCAUAAAAAGAACGAUUAAAAAAUGUUGCCUUUACUCUUGUUGGUUUCUAAAAACCACGUACAUUUAAAGUGAAAUAAGCGUUCAAUUGAUGUUAAUAUUUGAUGAAAUUUAGAAGGGUGAUCGAUGAGUUACAAAUAGCUUGAUGUUAAACGAUAGGCGAAAAUAUGAUUUCAAUUUUGUAGUUUAGUAGGAAUAUUGGUGUGAUUUACAUUAAUAUAUUGUAUAAAAUGAAGACGCUCAUUUAUCAUCAUUCUAUUUUAAUAAUAAUCUACAAAGGUUUACAUUAGCUUCACUAUACUAGCUCAUCAAUUUUUGUUUUAACGUCAUACAACGUAAUCAUACAACGUAAAUCAUAUAAAACAAAUAUAAACAUAUAUUUUCUAAAUUUACUUGAAACUGAUCUGAUGAUACAUAUUUACAAAGACUGCGUGAACUUUACAAAUGACUUACAAAUAGCUUAAUACAUGAAUCUUAUCGCACCAUAAAUUUUCAUUAUUUCGCCAGUUAUAGCACACAAAUUUAUUAUCGUACUUACAAGGAAAUAUGUAAUGCAGAAACUUGUGUUGUUGAUGUAUUAAUAAUACAAGUAGUAUAAUUCAGUAAUUUGUUAAUACUAAUCAAUGUUUCAUAUUUUGCAUUUCAAGAAUUAUGUUUACAUGAUGGAUUAUACGGGGCAAUUGUACUUAUACCUUACACUUUUGGGGUUCUAUUUAACCUGAUACUCAAAUUGUUUAAUCUAAAUUUUCAAUAUUUUUAUAGCUAAUGUAAUUACAAUUUACAAUCAACAUACUGUAAUGCACGUUUCGCAAAAUACAAAGACGUUAAAUAUAAAAUAAAAUAUUAAUGAAUCGAUUAUAGUUAACUUUUCGUUUUGUGAAGUAUCAUAUUAUAAUCUUUAUUUUCUGAGCAGAUUGUAGUUUCAUCAAAUGAUGUACUUCUGCUCUCCUAUUACUAAUACAUGAACAAGAAAAAAAGGCGGAGCAGUCAUUCAAGUAGUACAUUCACAUAUGUUGGAUAAGAAAGCGGCAGAUUGAGCGGAAAAUUUGCAAUCGAAAGAAUAUUUGAUCUUGAUAACUUCAUAAAAUGGAGGAUAUUUUAUGAUUAAAAAGAUUCUGCAUUAUCUAUUUCUUAUUUUUCCAUGAAAGAAUCACUUCUAUUUUUUACUGUGUGAUAACAAACAUGAUCUUCAUUCACAUAAUUCAUGUAGAAUUUAAUUACUGGCUUCUUUCUUCGACUAUUUAGUUCUCCCUACUCUCUAUGGCAAUCAAAUGGUAGUAUAAGAAAUUUUUGAUGUUCACGACACUUAUGUGAUUCAUAUAUUCUUGUAACACGUGAUUUUUGUGUAAUACAAAAUACACAGUUAUUCUCAAACUUCUCUGAUUUCAGAUGGUAUAGGUGUUUUAAAUGUAUAAUCAACAGUUUCGCGUAACUAAAAAUAUGUUAAAACAUUUAAAAGUAGAGAGAGAAGUUGAUACUAUAUAAUAAUGAUCUAUAUAAUAAAGAUUCUUUUUGAGCAAGCAGCAGUUUAAAGAAUGUAUACGGGGUGUCUCAGGCAUUCUAUGUCGGACUGCAAUCGUUAGAGGCCAAAUUAAAAAUUUAAGUGAAUUUGCUUCGAUGCAUUAACAAUUUUACAGUUAUGAGUGACCUAAAAAUUACAGAAUGUUGGCGAUUAAGUUAAAGUUUUUAUUCAUGUCUUGGUCGCCAAAAUAAAUGUUAAAGAUUAAGAAAUUAUACAAAGAAAUGGCAUCGACUUAAUUUCAAAGUUGCCAAAGAAUUAAAAGUCGACAGCAAAUUUGCAGUGCCCGAGACACUAUGUAUAAGGUAUUAGAUAUAUAUUGGCGUAAUAGUAGUGACAACUAGAGUUUGCUAUAUUUGCAAUCUUCGACGAGGAUAUAUAAAGAAUUUAUAAAGUUUAUAAUCGCUGCUGUAGUAGUCAAUUGUAAAGUGUUAUGGCACAAAAUUAGAUAUGUGACUAAAAUAUAUG